CAAAAUAUACAAAGACCAGAAAGAGAGAGAGAGUGGGAGAUCUCCAUAAAUAUUCCUCCUUUUUUAUUUUCUCUCUCUCCAAACAUCCUCUUACUACUACAGGGAUGUUUGAAUCCGAGGAAAGUCCAACUGGGCGCUAGCCCACUGUGCUAACUGAGAUCCUCCGUCCCAAAACAGAUAGAAGAAAAACACACAGAGGGAUGCACAAAAAGCUAGUUUUAUUUUAUUUUGCUGUUCCUCUCUGCUUUACCAAAGGGAGUGUUUGUUGUUGUUGUUGUGUGAUUAUAGCUUGAUUUGUUUGACUGUGCCACUGUUUGUGGGCAACUCCGAAUCAUUGCUUUCCGUUCCUUUUGUCUCGAAAAAGCUUCGGUCUCUUCAAUUAGCGUAUGCACAUUCUUUGAUCGAAUCUAGCUCCCUUUUUUCUCCCAUUAGGGUUUCUCUGUGUGCGCGUGUAUGUGAUUCUUUGGUUAGAGAGGUUCUGUUUGGAUGGAGAGAAAGUGAGGGGAGGAAUGUGGUAAGAGGAUGAGUCGAUGAGAGAGGGGGAAUGGGGUGCGUCUUUGGGAGACAGGUGUCCGCGAAGCCGAUCUCUGUAGAAAAGGAGAGAAAGCAGGAGGAGGUCAGGGCUGAGAAAACUGAGUUUGAGGUUGGGGAGGCUCAGAAUGGUGGCAAUCGGAAGGACAAUGACGAGGAGGAUAAGAGUGCGCGCCCGCGGAAAAGGUCUUCGAGGCCGAGGCCAAAUCCGCGGCUGAGUAAUCCGCCGAAGCACUUGCAAGGCGAGCAGGUUGCCGCUGGCUGGCCAUCUUGGCUCUCCGCGGUCGCUGGAGAAGCUAUCAAUGGCUGGACGCCCCGGCGGGCCGACACCUUCGAGAAGCUCGACAAGAUCGGGCAAGGCACAUACAGUAAUGUUUACAAAGCCAGGGAUGCUUUGACGGGGAAGAUUGUUGCAUUGAAGAAGGUACGGUUUGACAAUUUGGAGCCGGAGAGUGUAAAGUUCAUGGCCAGAGAGAUUCUCAUCCUGCGCCGUUUAGAUCAUCCCAAUGUAGUAAAAUUGGAAGGUCUUGUGACGUCGAGGAUGUCCUGUAGUUUGUACCUUGUAUUUGAAUAUAUGGAGCAUGAUUUGGCUGGCCUUGCUGCAAGCCCUGGAAUUAAGUUCACAGAAUCUCAGGUCAAAUGUUACAUGCAUCAGCUAUUAUCUGGGCUUGAACACUGUCACAAACGCCAUGUCCUGCAUCGUGAUAUAAAGGGGUCAAAUCUUUUACUUGACAAUGAAGGAGUACUUAAAAUUGCUGAUUUUGGAUUGGCUUCCAUCUUCAAUCCUAAUCACAAGCAGCCUAUGACCAGUAGGGUGGUUACCUUAUGGUACCGACCUCCAGAACUUCUUCUUGGAGCUACUGAUUAUGGUGUAGGUGUGGACCUCUGGAGUGCUGGUUGCAUUUUAGCAGAGUUGUUGGCUGGGAAGCCUAUCAUGCCUGGUCGCACAGAGGUGGAGCAGCUUCACAAGAUAUUUAAACUCUGUGGUUCUCCAUCUGAAGGGUAUUGGAAAAAGUCAAAGUUGCCGCAUGCAACCAUAUUUAAGCCGCAACAAUCGUACAAGCGAUGCAUAGCAGAGACAUUCAAAGAUUUUUCACCAUCAUCUUUACCACUAAUUGAGACCCUCCUUGCAAUUGACCCAGCUGAACGUCAGACUGCUACUGCUGCAUUGAGGAGUGAAUUUUUCACAACCAAACCAUAUGCAUGUGAGCCUUCUAGCCUUCCCAAAUAUCCUCCCAGCAAGGAGAUGGAUGCUAAGCUACGAGAUGAAGAAGCUAGAAGAUUGAGAGCUGCUGGUAAAGUUAAUGCAGAUGGUGUGAGAAGAUCUCGUCAACGUGAUCGAGCUGCAAGGGGAAUUCCUGCUCCAGAAGCAAAUGCUGAGCUUCAAGCCAAUCUUGAUAGGAGGCGUCUAAUAACACAUGCAAAUGCAAAGAGCAAGAGUGAAAAAUUUCCUCCUCCGCACCAAGAUGGAACACUUGGCUAUCCUUUGGGUUCUUCACAUCAUAUCGAUCCUGUUUUUGAUACUUCUGAAAUUCCAUUCAGUUCUACACACUUCUCGUAUUCAAAAUCAUCUAUCCAAACUUGGUCUGGCCCAUUGGUGGACACUGCUGCUGGUGGUGCUCCGAGAAGAAAGAAACAUACAGCUGGUGAUGGUCGGGCACAGUCAAGAUCAUCAAAAAAAAGAUAAGUUCUGCUCGGAUCAAAGGGACGUCACACAGGCAUGUAAUAUAAACUUUAUGUAUUUGUGAGAAUAUUCAUGAGGCUGCAAAUGCUGCUGAUUCAGUCCAUAAAUUCUGAGCCGGGAAAGCCGAUUAAAUUGAACACAGAGGUAAUAUUAUAUAUACCGUCAUCCAGUUUUCACAUUUCUUGUUCAAUUUUUUGUAUUGUGAGAGGCUUCUCAAAGUUGUAUAUGUUUUAUAUUAGUUCCCUCUUUGAGCUGAAAUACUCUAUUAGGUCAGUUAAAAUUCUAAUAAAUUUGCUUUGGGAAC